CACUGACAGCUGCCCUGUUCAGGACGGAAAAUAUGAAGAAAACUAUGAAGUUUACACCACCGCGUGUGGCAGAUGUCGCAAAACAAAAGAAUGGGGAUGAAAAGAAACAGAAGAAAGAAGAGAAUGCGCUCAGUGUUGGGUACUUUCAGCUGUUUCGAUUUGCCACCUGGAAGGAAGUUGUAACAAUGGUAGUGGGGAGCGUGUGCGCGCUCAUCCAUGGUGCUGCUGGCCCUCUAAUGCUUCUGGUGUACGGCAUGAUGACCAACACAUUUGUGGCUUAUGAGGUGGAGCUUCAAGAACUGAAAGACCCAAAUAAAACGUGCCACGACAACACCAUCCACUGGAUAAAUGGCUCCGUUUAUGAGCCUGCUGAAAACAUUACUGUUGUCUGUGGUGUAGAUAUUGAAGCCCAGAUGACUAUGUUUGCAUACUACUAUAUUGGAAUUGGACUAGGAGUUCUUUUUCUUUGUUAUUUUCAAAUUGUUCUCUGGGUGUCAGCCGCUGAGAGACAGACUCAGAGAAUCCGAAAGGCGUAUUUCCGUAAAGUCAUGCAAAUGGAGAUUGGAUGGUUUGACUGCAACUCUGUUGGUGAACUGAACACAAGAUUAUCUGAUGAUAUCAACAAGUUGAAUAACGCCAUCGCUGACCAGGCGUCUUUCUUCAUCGAGAGGAUCUCCACCUUCGUUUUUGGCUUCAUGGUGGGCUUCAUCGGCGGAUGGAAGCUGACGUUGGUUGUCAUCGCUGUGAGCCCCUUGAUCGGUGUGGCUGCUGGACUGAUGGCAAUGGCUGUGGCCAGACUAACAGGACGAGAGCUCAAAGCAUACGCAAAGGCGGGAGCUGUGGCCGACGAGGUUCUGUCGUCCAUUAGAACGGUGGCGGCGUUUGGUGGGGAGGACAAAGAGGCUGAGAGGUAUGACCGCAACCUUGUGGAAGCGCAGAACUGGGGUGUUAAAAAAGGUGCAAUUAUCGGAAUCUUCCAAGGAUAUCUGUGGUGCAUCAUUUUCCUUACUUUCGCUCUGGCUUUUUGGUACGGCUCAAAGCUGGUCAUCGAAACCAAGGAGCUAUCUCCCGGGACUCUUAUUCAAGUGUUUUUUGGAGUCUUGAUAGCAGCAAUAAACCUAGGCCAGGCCUCACCUUGUAUGGAGGCCUUUGCGUCAGGCCGUGCAGCUGCAAAGACCAUCUUUGAAACGAUUGACAGGGAAGCAGAAAUAAAUUGUUUUUCCGAUGAUGGUUAUAAAUUAGAUAGAGUGAAAGGUGACAUUGAGUUCCAUAACGUCACGUUCCACUACCCAUCUAGACCUGAAGUCAUGAUUUUAAAUGAUCUAAGCGUGCAGGUUAAAGCAAAUGAAACCACCGCUUUUGUUGGACCCAGCGGCUCGGGGAAGAGUACAGCAGUGCAGCUCAUCCAAAGGUUUUAUGACCCAAAGGAAGGAAUGGUGACUUUGGAUGGCCAUGACAUCCGAAGUUUAAACAUUAAGUGGCUGCGCUCACUUAUUGGUAUUGUAGAGCAGGAGCCGGUGCUGUUUGCCACAACAAUUGCAGACAACAUCCGCCUUGGGAAACCUGGAGUGACCAUGGAGGAAGUAAUCCAGGCGGCAAAAGAGGCCAAUGCCUACAAUUUUAUAAUGGACCUUCCACAGAAAUUUGAUACUUUGGUGGGUGAAGGUGGAGGUCAGAUGAGUGGAGGCCAGAAGCAGAGGAUUGCUAUUGCUCGAGCUCUGAUCCGGAAUCCUAGGAUCCUGCUCUUGGAUAUGGCUACGUCAGCCCUGGACAACGAGAGUGAAGCUGUUGUCCAGAAGGCAUUAGACAAGGUGCGCAUGGGCAGGACCACCAUUUCGAUAGCCCACCGUCUUUCCACCAUCAGGAAAGCGGACGUCAUCGUUGGAUUUGAACGUGGACGGGCUGUGGAGAAGGGAACCCACAGCCAGCUCCUGGAAAAGGAAGGCGUCUACUUCACUCUGGUCACCCUGCAGAACCACGGUGUAUCAAACACAGCUAAUGGUGCUGUCAGCGGAGCUGCUGCUGUGGAAAACUUUGAAACAAAAUUGAGGACUUUAAGCCGGGGAAGCUGCAGGUCGACUAAAAGGAGGUCAGUUCGGCUGCGAUCUCAGAGCAACUUGUCCAGUGAUUUUGGCCCUGACACCGUAUCAAACAGCCUCAGGAUCCUUUCCAGCCAGAAUAUCAUACCAGACAUUCCCGAGUAUGAGGAUGAGGAAGAUGAGCAUCUUCAACCAGCCCCAAUCGCACGGAUCCUCAAGUACAAUCAGUCAGAGUGGCCCUACAUGCUGCUGGGCUCUUUGGGAGCUGCUAUCAAUGGCUCUGUUAACCCCAUCUACGCUGUGCUGUUUAGCCAAAUUCUAGGGACCUUUGCCUUAGCUGACAUAAAUGAGCAGAGGGACCAGAUCAAUGGGAUUUGCGUUCUGUUUUGCAUUGUGGCCGUGACAAGUGUCUUCUCACAGUAUUUACAGGGAUACGCCUUUGCAAAGUCUGGAGAGUUGCUGACACGUCGUCUAAGGAAAUUAGGCUUUCAGGCCAUGCUGAGACAAGACAUUGGCUGGUUUGAUGACCUCCAAAACAGCCCCGGCGCUCUGACCACCAGACUGGCCACUGAUGCCUCCAUGGUCCAGGGUGCUACAGGAUCUCAGAUUGGCAUGGUCGUCAAUUCCCUGACCAACAUUGGAGCCUCCUUCAUCAUUGCCUUCUACUUUAGCUGGAAGUUAACCUUGGUCAUUAUGUGCUUCUUGCCGCUCAUUGGGCUGUCUGGACUCUUGCAAGCCAAAAUGUUGACUGGUUUUGCAAAUGAAGAUAAAAAAGCAAUGGAAGACGCAGGCCAGGUUUCCAGUGAAGCUCUUGCCAACAUCAGAACCAUUGCAGGUUUGACCAAAGAGAGCACAUUUGUGGAGUCAUAUGAGGAAAAACUUGAAUGUCCGUAUAAAUCUGCCAAGAAACGGGCCAACAUCUACGCGUUCUUUUUUGGCUUGUCCCAAUGUGUAAUUUUCAUGGCAUACGCUGCUUCAUUUCGGUAUGGGGGAUAUCUGGUUAACUCUGAGGGACUGCCGUAUGUGAUAGUUUUCAGGGUGAUAUCGGCAGUAGUCAUCAGCGGGACUGCACUGGGCAGAGCUUCUUCUUUCACUCCUGAUUACGCCAAAGCUAAGACAGCUGCUGCUCAUUUGUUCAAACUUUUGAAUCGAACACCUAAAAUCAGCACAAGCAGCACAGAUGGCGAGAAAUGGGAGAACUUCAAGGGCGAAAUAGAGUUUGUCAAUUGUGAGUUCACCUAUCCAACACGUCCAGAUGUGCGCGUGUUGAAAGGCCUGUUGGUGUCUGUAAAGCCCGGUGAGACGUUGGCGUUCGUGGGGAGCAGCGGCUGUGGUAAAAGCACCAGUGUUCAACUGUUGGAAAGGUUCUACGACCCGGACGAAGGGAAAGUGUUGAUCGAUGGUCGCCCGUCUCAGUCAGUGAAUGUGCCCUUCCUGAGAUCUCAGAUUGGCAUCGUGUCCCAGGAGCCCGUUUUGUUUGACUGCAGCAUAGCUGAGAAUAUUCAGUAUGGGGACAACACGCGCAGCGUCAGCAGAGAAGAAAUUGUGGAGGCGGCCAAGAAAGCCUACCUUCAUGACUUUGUGAUGGCACUGCCAGAUAAAUAUGAAACCCAGGUUGGCGCGCAGGGCUCCCAGCUAUCAAGAGGACAAAAACAACGCAUCGCCAUUGCUAGGGCUAUUGUCAGGAACCCCAAGAUCCUUCUUCUAGAUGAGGCCACCUCUGCUCUGGACACAGAAAGCGAAAAGACUGUCCAGUCUGCUCUGGAUGACGCGAGAAAAGGUCGAACCAGCAUCGUCAUUGCUCACCGGCUCUCCACCAUCCAGAACGCUGACAUCAUCGCAGUGAUGUCACAUGGCGUCGUCAUAGAACAAGGCACUCAUGAUGAACUCAUGGCCAAGACUGGUGCUUAUUACAAACUGGUCACAACUGGAGCGCCCAUCAGCUAGAACCAGAAUGUAAAUAUUAAUGGAGGAAAAGGUUUUGAAAUGAUUUAUCUUGGUCUAACCACAAAAUCCCUGUUUAAACUGAAAUUUCAACAAGGAUGGGUAGACUUUUUAUAUCCACUUUACAUUUUGAUCAUUCAUUUUUAAUACAAUUAAGUACAUGUUAGAUUUGUAUUAUUAUAUGAGGUAAGCAGUUAAAAAUGCGUGGUCAUGUUUGUAAUACUGGACUUCAUCAAAAUUAUGAUUUGCUAGUUCAGUGUUCAACCCUAACCCUAAACCCUAACCUCAAUCAUAACUGACCACAGGCCAGUAAACAAAACGGCAUAAUAGUCACACUCAAUAUGGGAUGUUUAAAUGACUUGCAGCUUUUUUGGAUGUAAAUUGUUUUCCAGAAAUUUCAUUUAGGUUUUUUUUUUUAUCUCUAUUAAUGCAUUGAAGGCUUGAAAGAGCGUUGUUUUUAAUACUGUAGUUAUCUUUUUUUUUUUGACUCCGAGAGAGGAUAAACCUUGCAAUGCAAAGCAGCUCUGUACUUUCCCAUUUUCUAGUUCACCCAAUGAACUGCCGAUUGAGUGAUUGUCUUAUGUUAUGUUAGCUACAAAAUUAUAUUUAUUUGUAUAAAAACACCUUAUAGUGUCCAACAUCACUCCCAGUUCAAUACUUUGAUUUAAAUGAUUACACAAGAUUGCAUAUUUAAUACACCAUUUCUUUAAGAAAUGUGUUCAAUAGAAUGACAACAUUCUUACUUUCUGCACUCGUUUACCUCCCCAUAUGAGUAAAACGGACUAAUAUUACUGAGAGGAUAAUGUGCGCGCCGCUUUGUUUGUUAACAGGUUACUUGACCACUUAGGCCACUUAUGUAAUGAGCUGAGGUACCACUGGAUGCUUAGCAACUAUCCACACAGCUAGUAAAGACCCCAAAUGGACGCUGAUGGGGAGCUCCACUAAUCUGCCUAAUGCAAAUCAAAUUAAAUCAGACUCCCUUCUGCUUUGUAGCAUUUUGGUUGAUUAAUUGGAACAUAUAUACCUCAACCUAGGCAACCCAGGACUGACUGUGUCAUUAACACACAGCAGGAUGAUCAUAAUAAUAGGGACAGUACAUACACAGCUGUUGCGGGAGAUAUGCAUUAAAUUAUGUCAGUAAGCCGUAGAGAUAUAUAAACGUUGCAGACGGGCGCCGUACUCACCAAUUUUUAAUCAAGGCUUUCAUGAUUUCAUGUAUGUUUUUCUAUCUGCUUGAAUGCUUGCAAGUCUUAUGUGUAAUGUGUAACGCAUUGGAAAAGUGUUUGAAAUGCGUCAUCUACAGUAAAGAGCAUUACAUUUAAUUUCAUAAAUUGUUAGGAAAGUUUGGUCCUGAUAUGAUAAUAAAGGUCAUUAUAUCACAAAAAUUCAUCUUUCUUUAUUCAAUGUUUAAUCUUAUGGUGUUAGUAACCAAACAGCCUUACUGUAUUUUUUUGUAUGCUGAUGUAACGUUUUUGUUUUCUUUGUAAAUUACUAUUGCUAUAAACUGCUAUGACCUGUAACUCUGUCAAUGUCAAAAAAAGAAUAAUAAAUACAUA